AUGGCGAUGCCGACGACCACAAAUGCACCCGCUCAUCCUUGUUCGGUCUCUAGGUUCAUUGAUUUUGGCCCAGGUAGCGUCAGCUUGAGGUCGAGAUCCAAUUUCUUCUUCAUUCGCACCUUCAACCCUCGGCAGUUCCGCAACAGGUCCUUCUCCGUCACCAAUGUCUCCGUGAACCACCCGACGGCCGUCGAAGAAGAAUCCUCCACAAAUUGGCAAGCACUUGCACCGGAUGCUUCAUCCAUCGCAUCGAGUAUCAAAUACCAUGCGGAAUUCUCGCCAUCGUUUUCCCCUGGGCAACUUGAUCUUCCAAAAGCUUUCUUGGCAACAGCGCAAAGUGUUCGUGAUGCUCUCAUUAGUAACUGGAAUGCGACGUAUGAGCGCUAUGAGAGGCUGGAUGUAAAGCAGGCUUACUAUCUGUCCAUGGAAUUUUUGCAGGGUAGAGCGCUGUUGAAUGCAAUUGGUAAUUUAGAGCUUACUGGUGCUUAUGCAGAGGUUCUGACUAAGCUUGGACACAACCUGGAAAAUGUAGCUUCCCAGGAGCCUGACGCUGCACUUGGUAACGGAGGUCUUGGGCGACUGGCAUCCUGCUUUUUGGACUCUAUGGCAACUUUAGACUACCCUGCAUGGGGCUAUGGGUUGAGGUACAAGUAUGGCUUGUUUAAACAGCUGAUCACAAAAGAUGGCCAAGAAGAAGUAGCUGAAAAUUGGCUUGAGAUGGGCAGUCCUUGGGAAAUAGUCAGGAACGAUGUCUCAUAUCCUGUGAAGUUCUAUGGCAAGGUUGUUUGUGAUGCAGAUGGGAAAAGACACUGGAUUGGCGGAGAAGAUGUAACAGUUGUUGCCCAUGAUGUCCCGAUUCCAGGAUAUAAGACAAAAACCACAAAUAAUUUACGACUUUGGUCAACUAAAGCUCCAGCAAAUGAUUUUGAUUUGUCUGCUUUCAAUGCUGGAGAACACAUGCAAGCAUAUGAGGCCCUAGCAAAUGCUGAGAAGAUUUGCUAUGUCCUCUACCCUGGAGAUGACUCAGAGGAGGGCAAGGUCCUUCGACUGAAACAACAAUAUACAUUGUGUUCAGCUUCACUCCAAGAUAUCAUUGUACGAUUUGAGAGAAGAUCAGGCUCUAAUAUUAACUGGGGACAAUUUGCUGAGAAAGUUGCAGUUCAGAUGAAUGAUACUCAUCCCACACUUUGCAUCCCCGAGCUUAUGAGAAUUUUGAUGGACUUGAAAGGUUUAAGCUGGAAUGAUGCAUGGACCAUCACCAAGAGGACUGUGGCGUACACAAACCAUACUGUUCUACCUGAAGCUUUGGAGAAGUGGAGUUUAGAUCUUAUGCAGAAACUGCUACCUCGGCAUGUUGAGAUCAUAGAAACCAUUGAUGAGCAGCUUAUAAAUGAGAUUGUGUCCGAGUAUGGGAAAGAAGAUACAGAAAUGCUGGAGAAGAAACUGAAAGAAAUGAGAGUACUGGAAAAUGUUGAUCUGCCUGAACAAUUUGCUCAUUUAAUAGUUAAACCUCGAGAGAUCGAUGUUGCUAUUUCCCUUCAAGAACUGGAAGAGUCUUCUGAAGAAUAUGAAUCAGCUGAAGAGAAGGAUGAAUCGGAGGAUGAAAGCACCGAGGAGGAAAAGGUCAUGGCAGAACCACCACCAAAACCGCCAAAAAUGGUCCGCAUGGCUAACCUCUGUGUUGUUGGUGGUCAUGCAGUAAAUGGAGUUGCUGAAAUACACAGUGAGAUAGUGAAGGAUGAAGUCUUCAAUUCUUUUUACAAGUUAUGGCCCAAGAAAUUCCAAAAUAAGACCAAUGGGGUUACACCAAGAAGAUGGAUCCGUUUCUGUAAUCCUGCUUUGAGCAAAAUAAUUACUGAGUGGACUGGCUCUGAAGAUUGGGUGCUGAACACUGAAAGACUGGGAGAAUUAAGAAAGUUCGCAGAUAACAAGGGUCUCCAAAACCAGUGGAGGUCAGCUAAAAGGGAAAACAAGAUGAAGGUUGUCUCAUUCCUCAAAGAAAAAACAGGGUAUACUGUGAGCCCCGAUGCAAUGUUUGAUAUCCAGGUGAAGCGCAUCCAUGAGUACAAGCGCCAGUUGCUUAAUAUAUUAGGCAUUGUUUACCGAUACAAGAAGAUGAAAGAAAGUAGUGUAGAAGAAAGGAAAAACAUGUAUGCUCCACGAGUUUGUAUAUUUGGAGGGAAAGCAUUUGCUACUUAUGUGCAAGCCAAGAGAAUAGUGAAGUUCAUCACAGAUGUUGGUAUCACUGUUAAUCAUGACCCGGAGAUAGGUGAUUUACUGAAGGUGAUUUUUGUCCCUGAUUACAAUGUCAGUGUAGCUGAAUUGCUUAUUCCAGCAAGUGAGCUCUCUCAACAUAUCAGUACUGCUGGUAUGGAAGCAAGUGGAACCAGCAACAUGAAGUUUGCAAUGAAUGGCUGUGUACAAAUAGGGACCUUAGACGGGGCUAAUGUCGAGAUAAGGGAAGAGGUUGGUGAAGACAACUUCUUCCUGUUUGGUGCUCGAGCCGACGAGAUCGUUGGGUUGAGGAAGGAAAGAGCUGAGGGGAAGUUCAUCGCUGACCCACGGUUCGAAGAAGUGAAGGAGUUCGUGAGGAGUGGUGUGCUUGGGGGUAACAAUUACGACGAAUUGCUCGGAUCACUAGAAGGCAACGAAGGCUAUGGCCGUGGCGACUAUUUCCUCGUUGGAAAGGAUUUCCCCAGCUACAUCGAGUGCCAGGAGGAGGUUGACAAAGCGUAUCGAGACCAACAGAGAUGGACGAGAAUGUCGAUCAUGAACACAGCUGGCUCUUACAAGUUCAGCAGCGACAGGACAAUCCACGAGUACGCCAGAGACAUUUGGAACAUUCAACCCGUUCGUGUAGAGUAG